GGUGAAGGGGGUGGUCUCAAAUUGAAUGUUGAAGCCAUCAGUGGAGAGUGAAGAAUGUCAGCAGUGAGGGCAUCAAGAGCAGAAAGGGGACAGUGACCAGGAAUGGGCAGGAGAAAAGAUGGAGAAGCAGAUUCUCAAGAGAUGCGGAAACUGAGCCACAAAGAGAAUAAGUAAUUUGCCUAGGCUAGUCAGAUAACAGAGCCAGGAUUCCACUGAGGCAGCCUGACUACUGUGCUACAGCUGGCUUCAUCACCUCUACCUCCCCCUCUCCAUGAUUUGUAUGCCCUGAUGGAGUAAAAUGUUUGCAGGCUGUAGAGGAGGAAAUGUGAAUGGAGUUAGUGGAUUUCACCAGGAACUUUGGAAGAGUGUUGGGUAUUAGUGUUGCACUGGAGGAGGAUGAGAAUUGAGCCCUAUUUAGAGGGAACAGAAAGACUUCUGUGAGGAGUGUGGAUAAUAUCACCUACCGCAUUAUUUUUGGCUGCAAAAGUGGAAGAACAGGCUCGAAAACUUGAACAUGUUAUCAAAGUAGCACAUGCUUGUCUUCAUCCCCUAGAGCCACUGCUGGAUACUAAAUGUGAUGCUUACCUUCAACAGACUCAAGAACUGGUUUUACUUGAAACCAUAAUGCUACAAACCCUAGGUUUUGAGAUCACCAUUGAACAUCCACACACAGAUGUGGUGAAAUGUACCCAGUUAGUAAGAGCAAGCAAGGAUUUGGCACAGACAUCCUAUUUCAUGGCUACCAACAGUCUGCACCUUACCACCUUCUGUCUUCAGUACAAACCAACAGUGAUAGCAUGUGUAUGUAUUCAUUUGGCUUGCAAAUGGUCCAAUUGGGAGAUUCCUGUGUCAACUGAUGGAAAACAUUGGUGGGAAUAUGUGGAUCCUACGGUUACUCUAGAAUUACUAGAUGAGCUAACACAUGAGUUUCUACAAAUAUUGGAGAAAACACCUAGUAGGUUGAAGAGGAUUCGAAACUGGAGGGCUAAUCAGGCGGCUAAGAAACCAAAAGUAGAUGGACAAGUUUCAGAAACUCCACUUCUCGGUUCAUCUUUGGUCCAGAAUUCCAUUUUAGUAGAUAGUGUAACUGGUGUGCCUACAAACCCAAGUUUUCAGAAACCAUCUACAUCAGCAUUCCCUGCACCAGUACCUCUAAAUUCAGGAAAUAUCUCUGUUCAAGACAGCCAUACAUCUGAUAAUUUGUCAAUGCUAGCAACAGGAAUGCCAAGUACCUCCUACAGUUUGUCGUCACACCAAGAAUGGCCUCAACAUCAAGAAUCAGCAAGGACAGAACAGAUAUAUUCACAGAAGCAAGAGACAUCUUUGUCUGGUAGCCAGUACAACAUCAACUUCCAGCAGGGACCUUCUAUAUCACUGCAUUCAGGAUUACAUCACAGACCUGACAAAAUUUCUGAUCAUUCAUCCAUUAAGCAAGAAUAUACUCAUAAAGCAGGGAGCAGUAAACACCAUGGGCCAAUUUCUGCUACUCCUGGAGUAAUUCCUCAGAAAAUGUCUUUAGAUAAAUAUAGGGAAAAACGUAAGCUAGAAACUCUUGAUCUGGAUGUAAGGGAUCAUUAUAUAGCUGCCCAAGUAGAACAGCAACACAAACACGUGCAGUCACAGUCAGCCAGCAGCAGUUCUGUCACUUCUCCCAUUAAAAUGAAAAUUCCCAUCACAAAUACUGAAAAACCUGAAAAAUACAUGGCGGAUAAGAAGGAAAAGAGUGGAUCACUGAAGUUACGGAUUCCAAUACCACCCACUGAUAAGAGUGCUAGUAAAGAAGAACUGAAAAUGAAAAUAAAGGUUUCUUCCUCAGAAAGACACAGCUCUUCUGAUGAGGGCAGUGGGAAGAGCAAGCAUUCAAGUCCACAUAUUAGCAGAGACCAUAAGGAGAAGCACAAGGACCAUCCUUCCAACCGCCACCACCCCAGCAGUCACAAGCAUUCCCACUCACAUAGUGGCAGCAGCAGCGGUGGCAGUAAACACAGUGCUGAUGGAAUACCACCCACUGUUCUGAGGAGUCCUGUCGGCCUGAGCAGUGAUGGCAUUUCCUCUAGUUCCAGCUCUUCAAGGAAGAAGCUGCAUGUCAAUGAUGCAUCUCACAACCAUCACUCCAAAAUGAGCAAAAGUUCCAAAAGUUCAGGUAGUUCAUCUAGUUCUUCCUCCUCUGUUAAGCAGUAUAUAUCCUCUCACAACUCUGUUUUUAACCAUCCCUUACCCCCUCCUCCCCCUGUCACAUACCAGGUGGGCUACGGACAUCUCAGCACCCUCGUGAAACUGGACAAGAAGCCAGUGGAGACCAACGGUCCUGAUGUCAAUCACGAGUACAGUACAAACAGCCAGCAUAUGGACUACAAAGACACAUUCGACAUGCUGGACUCGCUGUUAAGUGCCCAAGGAAUGAACAUGUAAUCAUUUGUUUAGGUCAAUUUUUCCUUUACUUUUUUAAUUUAAAAAUUGUUAGAAUGGAAAACUUCCUCCUGAUCUGGCAGUGGUAACUGUUGCUGCCACUGCUUCAAUAUUUGUAAGUGCUGCUUUAUUCUUCAUUCUGAAAAGAAGAGAUUAUAGUAAACAAGUCUUUAUCUCCACAUAUGAUAGUGUUAUAAAUACUGUAAAAGCAUGGAAGGUGCAAAACUCAGUAUUUCUACAAUUGCAGCUAAGAACAUUAGGAUGAAUGGCUGGCUGCUUCUAGGAAUAUAAGAUGCCUCAAGCAUUCAUUAUUUAUAAUUUGAAUACUGUAGCUAUUUUUUGUUGUUGUUGCUUGGCUUUUGAAUGGGUGUAAAUUGUUUUCUUUUGUGUAUUUAUACUUGUAUGUAUGUAUGAUUUGCAUGUUUCAAUGAUAAAGGGAUAAAACAGUAUACUGACAACUGUUUACAAGAAAGUGGAGAAAAAUGUACAUACAUUUUUGUAUGUUUAGAUAUUACCAUAAAUACUCAGGAUUGGAGCUGCUUGUAAGUAUAACAAUAUAACUUUAUUUUAUUUUGUCAGAGUCCAUCACUAAUCUAAAACAAAGGUGGCACUUUUUCAUGUUAACCUUAAACUCUAGGCCUUACUGGAAGCCACUGAAGGGGGACACUUCACUACCGGAUGGGUAUGCAGUGCCACAGAUGGUCAUUUAUUUACACUGUGAGGCACUGAACUUUGGCCUUCAGAGCUUCUGACCAGGUUGGCUGCUGAAAUAGCCCCUAAUUUUCUGAAGGCUUGAAGAGGAAAAAAUAAAGUUUACAUACUCUUGAUGUGAAGUGCAUUUGAAAUGUUUGUUGGCUUGUUGCAGUACUAUAAACACAGAGCUGUUAAUAAUGGUUAUGUAGAUUACUGUGAUUUGAAAACUAAAUCCACAAAAACUUAUAUAGUGAAGAAUUAGUAAGUUUUUUUCUUAAAUAAAGAACUUUAACACUACAUAUUUUAACAGUAAACAGGGAUCGCUUUUCCUUUAGUGUUCAGAAUGACACCAUAUUCUUAAACAUACUCCUCCCCCAAAGUGUGUUUGUGUGUGAUGCCAUAUUUCUUUUUCAGGUAAAUGCAGUCUUCCUUAUAGAAAUGAAAUUAAACCUGUUGCUCUCUCAGUUCUUUUAUAUUCUAACAAUAAAUAAAAAGAAAAGAUAACUGACUGUGCAUUGUACCUGUAUUUAUAGCUUAUGGUUGUUAUCAGGAAACUGAGAAAAAAGGGGUAGCCUCCAGGUAAACAAGCUGGUGGAGGUUUUACGUUUGUUUGCACAUCUCAGUAUAUUCCUGUUGAGGUCAAGUUUGCACAGUCAUCUAACUUCUGAACAAACAGUAGACUAUGUUUAAAAUUUGUCUUAAAUACCAGUAAUGUGGCUCCAGUUUAUCAGCUAAUCUUGAAUUAAUCUGUGGUAAAUCUUUGAGCUGUUGAGUGUCUUUAGAUGGGGUGAAUUCAACUUUUGUUGAACUGAAAACUGUCUUAAUUUUUUCCUCUAUGUAUAUGAAUUAUUUUUGUUACAAAGCCACUGAUAUGUGCACAAUUGUAAUUUUACUCAAGUAUGUUGCAGUUGUAAAUAUUAGAGAAUUUAACCUCGUGCUCUUUUAUUUAGCAAUUACCUAAUUUGCCAGUAGCUUUAUAAUUUUUUUUAAGAUAAUUGUUCAUUAUUUUGUCAAUGUUAUUUGAACUUAGGAUACUAGGAGCCUCUUUCUAGGGACUUUGCCUAGCUAGCAUGUCCUAACGUUUGUUCUUUGUCUUGCAUAACUUUAGUAAUCUUUGUCAUUACAUGUAACUUUGUUGCUCUGUAUGGCAUAUUAUUGUAUCCAUAAACAUGGUAAUUUUGAUACAGUUAUACUUUUACAGUGGUACAUAAUCCAAGGACUAGUAUAGAAUUAAGCUGAGUGCAAGAUGAGGGCGGGAAGGGUUUUUGUUCUUGGUAAUUUAGAUGUGAAACCUCUAAGGAGCUAUCAUGUGAAACGACAUAGGGUGGUCGUGCUACUGUAUAAUUGGGGAUGAUAAUACCAGGAAUUUUAAUAAGAUUUUGUAAAGAAUAUCCAAAAAAGUAGUGAACUUAUUUUCAGUAUGACAUAGAAAACAAUGUGAAUAUUUAAGGUCUGUGACUAUACUUAAACUUCACUAAGAAUUUGCAGAAUUGUUUUGAGAUGUGGGAAUAAAGGUAAUUUUGUUGAAUCUUUAUUGGUGCUAAUGAUGGACAGUUUAAAAGGUAGCUAGUAUAUAUUGUUAUGGGUCAGUACUUAUUAGUACUUCCAAAAUUGAAUUUGAAAUGCUAUGUAUUCACUUUUCACUCUGUAAAUGUAAUUCUUUACAAUGACUUUAUUUAUUAAAGGGCAGCCAGUUGUAAUUUGUACAGGAUUGUGUGAGCUAUUCAAACUCUUUAACCUCUGAACAGGAUUAUAGCUUCCAAAACCACCAUGGGGUUGAAUACGAAAAUCCUUUUAAGUUUCAUUUCCAUUAAAUGAAAACCCCUAUUACUCAUACUACCAUUAAUUUGCUUUCCCCAUCUCAUUUGCGUAAAAUAGUUCAUCAGCCUGGUCCCAAUAGGCUCAACCAAAGAAAAAGACUCCAAUGAAUGGACAUUAUUACUGAGUCUUCUUGUAAGUAGCCAUAAAUAAACCAAAAUAGUAUCAUCAGAUUUAGAUAUGAAAUUCCACAUGUGCAAAGUACUGUUAAGGUGAUUUACAUUUUUGAUGAGAUUUUUUUAAUAUUUGAAAUAUUAAAAAGCAUUAUCUUUAAACAUCCUUUAAAAGAGUGAGUCAUUUUUCAGUUGUCUUUUCCCUAGAUCAUAGUUUUGUUACGUUUAUGCAGAAGCACAUUGCAUAGAAAGGCUUUACUUCUACCUCUUUAAUAGUUUUCCAAUAUCGAACUGUGCCCCUUAAAUAUUUGCCUUAGCUACUUAAGAUAUGUUUUCAGAACCAAAAAGCAAGAGUGUCUUUUCAUUGACACAUUUUUGGAGGCCUACUUUACCAAACUGAUGGGAUUAUCCUUUAGUGAUUACGACCUUACAAAAUGUUCCAGUUUCUUUUUGUUGUUGAACCUGAGGUUCAUUUCAAGGUGAAUUACUUGACUUUGGGUUCAUUUGUCUUUGAAAGCAUUACAGGUGCAUCUUGAUCUUUCUCUGUGUGUGCAGAUGCAUUCUGGUUAGAGUUGUUGAGUCCAGGUUUCUACCAUGGUACAUCAGUGGUUUUUUGUGGAAUAUCAUGAGAGGUGCUUGCAUGACUUUGAACCAGCAGAUUAUAAUUAGGUAUAGAAUACCUUAUCUUUUUUGGUCUGUCUUCCUUGAACUUAAAUGACUGGUCUACUUCAGAGAACCAAAUUUUAAAUGUUUUUGUUACUUACCAAUUGCCUUUCCUAGCAUUUUAAGCACAUUUUUUGGUUAUACUUGAUAAUUUAAGUUGCUGAUUCUUAUUCCUGAAACCAACCUUAGAAAUAAACCACUGCGUGACUUGUGUACUGUAGAAGUAUCUUGGGUUUGGUUAGAUAUUUUAGGGUAUUUUGCAUUUACUGUGGAAAUAUGUAAGGGUGGUGGUGGUUGUUUUUAACAUGGUAGUAGCUCUAAAGGAAGACUUAUAUUCUCAAAAUAUCUCACCAUUCCCAAAUUUUAUCUAAACAGUAAGCAGUUGUUUCUUGGCUAUUUCUGUGCUUAAAUUGCUAGGUGAGUUUUAAGAUCUCUUUGCUGAGAAAAAAUUGAGAGCUCUUGUGAAGAAUUCUUGAUUUAGCAGUCUUGCUCAAGAGGCUUUCUUGGGAGGCAAUAGGGUUCACUAACUGCAUUUAUCCAGAUGAAGGGUCAGUGAAUCCCACAUCCAGGAAACUUGCAUUAACUGAGCUCACAGGAUGAUACUUAUGUGUAUUUGUGUGCCUUUGUAUUUAAGAUAGGCUGGUUUAGAUGGGGAUCUUUGUGUUGGAAAACAGCACAUUCUCUCUCUGUCCUCCUAGGGUACAAGUUAUGAUACCGAUGUAUUAAUUUGAGAAUUCACAAUUACGUUAAUAUCUGAAAUUUGAUUUCUGUAAGCCAAAUAGAAGUUUGCUUAUUUUGUAAGGGAAGUUUGCCUUUAUAAUAUAGAUGAUCUUGCCAGUGGGUCUGGAAUGCUCAGUAUAAUUUAAGUCUGAUGCCACGCAUCCAUUUUUUAUUCUACAGUGUCAAUUUUGGCACAGCCAGCUUUUGCUUCUCUGACUCCUUUUUCUGUUCUAUAUAACUUACUAGUUUCUAUUUUCACUUGACAGGUUCUUUAGAAUAGGUUGAUAAGCAAGAUAUACUGAAGGUUGUGUGGCUAGGAGUAAUUCUGUUUUCAUAAAGGUGAGUUAACCCAUUCGCUGUGAUCCUCUAAUCCCAAAGGAAAUUCUGAGGGCCAAUUUCCUGUGUUUCCAACUUUUGGGAGGAAGCCUCGCUUAAAACUUGCCUAGUAGUUGGUUUGAUUUGCCUGUUGUUUGUUAAGUAAUGAGUACAUUCUUUUAAGGUGUGUUUUUCAAGCAGCUUCACUUGGUUUGAAAAACUUCACAUGUACUCAUUUGUUGUCUGCAAUGAUUGGGAUUUUAUUUUCUGAAUGUACCCCAAACCCCCAAGGACUAUUGAAUAAGGUAUUUGCUGAUAGAAAAUCCAACAGGAAUGUGUGUAUGAGGCAUCAAUUCAAUUAGUUAUUGAAUUUCAGCUCAGUAUCUAUUACAAGGAAUAAUUAAUAAAAUUUGUUGAAAAUGUAAA